AUGCUACGCGUAUGCUCUACAUUUGGCGGUUCUAACAGCAACAGGAACACUGGGCACGAUUGGGUCGGACGCAAUACAGGCGGUGGUGCACUUCAAGUUUGGGUACAUCAUUUCAAAGCUUUCGAGUACUUGCCUUCAGCACAGAUCGCACAGUACGACGGACAGGCAGUAAGAGUGGGCGUAGCACUGGAGCAAUGGGAGGUGUACAGUUACAUGGGUAAGAACAACAUCACCCUUCUGGCUCCAGGAUCUCCGACGGUAGGCGCAUAUGGUGGCUUUAUGCAAGGUGGAGGCUUCUCCUAUAUCACAUCGAAGUACGGACUUAUGGCCGACCAAGUGCUCGCUCUCGAAGUCGUUACUGCCGACGGUCAUUUCGUUCAUGCUGAUCCGGAUACAAACGCCGACCUUUUCUGGGCUAUUCGUGGAGGCGGACCGAGCAACUAUGGUAUUGUAACCUCCGCGAUCAUCAAAGCAUAUCCAGCCACGACCAUUGCUAGGUAUGACUUUACGUUCCAGACUGGUCCGGUCUUAGGCAACUUAACGUCGAAUGUUCGCGUCAACGACAUUGCGACAUUCUGGAAGGGUAUGGAAAUAUACUUCUCUCAUAACCUCCGUAUAAACAACGCCAAAGGUAUCAUGUGGAACUACGUACAGGCGCAAGCUGGCAACCAAAUUCAACCAAAUCGCACAUUCAGUCUGCGCAGCCAGAUCACCAAGCCUGGAGUAACAGCCGAAGAAAUGAAAAAUCUGGUCGCACCACUCAUCAAGGACCUCAAUGAUGCAGGCAUACCUCUCAAGAUGCAAGAGCCGCUGUUCUGGAAGACGUAUGCUGAAUUUGGCACCAUUCCAGGCGGACCCACAGGCGCCACAAGCAACAGUCGCUUCAGCUCUCGUCUCUUUCCUCGCGCCAACUUCGAAGGCCGCAAUUCAACUGUCUUUCGCGCCACCAUGGAUUCAAUACGCACAUUCGUCGAGGAAGGCGGCUAUAGUUUCCACUCCGUCAACUUUGCCGCGACCUACGAAACAGCAAGCUAUCCUGGCUCAAAUUCUGCUGUGAACCCGGCUUUGCGCAAUGCCGUCAUGCAUGCUACUGGGUUCGACAACAAACCAUACACCCGCGAGCUCUCGGAUGAGGAGUGGAAAGCGUCACAUGCGCGACUGGACUCGUAUAUUCAGAAAUGGAGGGAUGCAAGUCCUGGUAGUGGGGCGUACAUGAACGAAGCAGAUGUUCAAGAGCCGGAUUUCCAGCACAGUUUGUAUGGGGCGAAUUAUGAUAGGCUGUUGCGGGUGAAGAGGAAAUGGGAUCCGUGGGGCGUGUUUUAUGCGGUGACUGCUGUGGGAAGUGAGGAGUGGUAUGUUGAGGGAACGAGGGGCUUGCCGACGCAGCAGGGGAGGCUUUGUUUGGUUUAUGCAAAGUGA